UUUUUUAUACAAAUUUCGUACCUCACCACAAAGAAAAAUAAUAAAUAAGGAGAGACAAAGACGAGCGUGAAGUGUUGAAAUAACAAUAAUAAUAAGCUCGUCGCCAUUGGAGCCGAGGAAGAGCUCUCCCCUUGAGAAAAAAAGGGAGGGAAGGUUCACAGAGGAACCAAAACGCAGAACUUCUUCAUACCAUUGUCGUUUUGAUGCAACAACAAGUCCGUACGAAACAGCCUUUUUGUCGUUUAGCGUACCAAUGCCCAAACUCACCUUCUCCUCCUUCCUCUCCGACCGCCUGACGUCUUCUUCCUCCUCGUCGUCUUCGCUCUUGUCUCUGUCUCUGUACCCUCUCUCCGUACGGAACCUCCGGCGACACCCCCCUCGUCUACGGCCCAUGUCCGUACGCAUGGAUUACACUACACGCCGCCGCAAGGACAAAGUCAUCGUCAUCAUGGGCGCCACCGGCGCCGGAAAGUCUAGCCUUUCCGUCGAUCUCGCCACCCUUUUCCCGGCGGAGAUCAUCAACUCCGACAAAACUCUACACGUCACCACCAACCAGAUUACCCUCCCGGACCGACGCGGCGUCCCCCACCACCUUCUCGGAGAGUUCGACCCCGACGACGGAGAGGUUACCGCCGCAGAUUUCCGCUCAGCCGCCGCGGCCACCAUCUCCGAGAUAAUAUCCCGCGCGAAGGUCCCGAUCAUUGCUGGCGGAUCCAACUCCUUCAUCCACGCCCUCCUCACCCAGCGAUUCGACCCGGGUAUCGACCCGUUUUCCGGGCCGGGUUCGAUCUGCUCGGAGCUGAGGUACGACUGUUGCUUCCUCUGGGUCGAUGUCUCGUUGCCGGUUCUGUUCGAGUACCUCGACAAACGGGUGGAGGAGAUGAUGGAGAUGGGGAUGUUCGAGGAGCUCGCCGAGUUUUACGACUCGGGUUCGACUCGGAAAGGGAUAGGGAAGGCGAUAGGCGUGCCGGAGUUUGACCGGUACUUCGGAAUGCACCCGCCGGGAAAAUCGAACACGAAUCAGCAAGAGUGGGACCCAGAUAGAAAGGCGGCGUACGAGGAGGCGGUGAGGGAGAUCAAAGAGAACACGUGUCGGCUCGCGAAGAAGCAGAUUGGGAAGAUCCUGAAGCUGAGGAGCUCCGGCUGGGAAAUGACUCGACUCGACGCGACGGCGUCGUUCUCGGCGGCUCUAUCACCGGCGCCGGAGGAAAAAGACGGCGGUGGCGGUGGAGGGAGGUGGAGAGAGAUAUGGAAAAACGAGAUUUUGGAGACCAGCGUGAAGAUUGUGAAGCAGUUUUUGGAGGAGUAGGUUUUCCAGCCAUUUCCAGCUAAUUUGCCCAAACCUCAAUGAAAAAAAAAAAAAACCCCAUCAAAUAUAUUAUUUUUUUGCAUCAAGAAAAAUAAAAACACACCGAUAUAUUAUAAAUCUCUAAUUAAAAAGAACACAUUUUCAUGGUAUUCAUACUCUCUCUCUCGACAUAUAUGAAAAAAAAAAUAGAGCUUAAAGUCUGUGAAGGCGGAGGUGUUCCGCCAUUUUUGGAGCUCACAUCUUCAUUCUCAAUCUCUUUCUUCUCCGCCUCUCUCUCUCCCUCUAGUUUUUUUUUUUUUUUUUUUUGCGAGGAAUAGCAAUGUAGUCCCCGAAUUUAUGUAAGUCCAAAUGUAAUCUAAAC